AGAAAACUAUUUCUGCGCCUUGCAUUCUGUUAAUGGUCUAGUUAUUAAAUGUUUGUUGAUGAAAUUUGUCAAUUAGUGUUUUCGUCAAAGUGCGCAUAAAGAGAUAAAAUUAGAAACAUGAUUAUUCCUAUACGUUGUUUUACAUGUGGGAAAGUAAUUGGUAAUAAAUGGGAAUCAUAUUUGGGCCUAUUGCAAGCCGAAUAUACCGAAGGCGAUGCCUUGGAUGCUUUAGGUUUGAAGAGAUACUGCUGUCGAAGAAUGCUGUUGGGACAUGUUGAUCUUAUUGAGAAAUUACUUAAUUAUGCACCUUUAGAAAAGUGAAGUGCCAUGGAUUUGGAAAUAUUCCCAUUUUACGGGUGUGCGUUACGAAAUUAGAAACAUUGAUCAAAUUUAUUAAAUUCAAUAAAUUCAUUAA